CGUGCACAAGGGGAGCGCAGCCGGGACCAGAGAGCGCCAGGCCGAGCGAUGGGGUGGCGCGUGGCGGGAAUCCCUCAGGCGGCGGCGCUGUGGCUGCUCUUGGUGGCCUGCGCGGGGUUGGCGCUGGCGCAGCCGUCCAAGGUGUCUCGCGGCGUCGCCGUGCCCUUCGUCUUCGACCCGCGCGCCGUGUGCGACGCCCCGCCUUGCCAGCACGGGGGCCUGUGCAUCCGGAACGGCACCUGCUUCUGCUCCAGGGGCUACGAGGGCGAGCGCUGCCAGUAUGCAACUUGUUAUCCGAAAUGUAAAAAUGGUGGGAAAUGUCUCAGGCCUGGAAAAUGCAGAUGUCAGCCUGGCUAUGGAGGGCGAUACUGUCAUAAAGUAAGCUGUGAGGGAGGGUGUCAAAACGGUGGCGAGUGCAUCUCGGUCAACGGGCUGGUAAAGUGCCUUUGUGCUUCAGGCUGGACAGGAUCAAGAUGCCAAGAAGCGGUUUGUCCUCAGGGAUGUCGGAAUGGAGCAACUUGCGUCGCUCCUGGAAUCUGCAGCUGUGCAACUGGCUGGGUCGGCGGCGCCUGUCAUUUAGCUUCAGGGGAAAGCAGCAGCAGCAGCAUCCCUUUUGAAGAAAGAAGAUACCAAACAGUCCUUACAUCAUCAGUCAUGUCCUUCCCCACCAUUUCAUCAACAGACAAACUGCAUUCUUCAAGGUUCUUCUUGGGCAUAUGCCAACCUGGUGACACCAACAACAAGCAGCAGGUCCUGCCAGGGCCCUGAAACAGUUUCCCAAGGAUGCCAGCUGCUGCUCAUUGGGCAAUGGAGUAAUAAGAAUUAGAAACAACAUGCUAUUCACUGGAUCUGUGUACAUGCGACGUGUAGCCAAAAGUUCUCUUAUGUAGAUGAAUUGCUAUAGAAAACCAAACUGUGAUAAACCAUUGGCUAAGGCAGAAAUGAUUAACAUAACCGGAGCACAGGUAUGUUUGAAGCAGUAACCCUGAGAAGUAGAUGGAGCCAUCCAGCAUCCCCCAGCUUACUCAGAUGCCGGUGUGAGGUUACAGUGGUUCACGAUGUCCUAUCUUACUCACAGGUCCACAGCAUGCUGAGCAUCUUCACUGGGUCGAGCUGGUCCUUUUGUAUGUGGGUGUGUUUGAUCUUUAAUUUUCAACCUCAGCAAAAGUUCAUCGCAUACAAAUAUGGAAUUCUCCUGGCUCACAGAGUAUGGUGCAAAUUUAUGGUGCUGGCAUGUUACAUAUGAGGGGAUGUAUAAACCGUUCCAGAGUUUCAAAUUCA